AGUUCUUUUAUUAAAACGGUGACGAAUUCUCUUAGCCAAACAAUGAACAAGAAGACGAAGAAGAAGGGGAUUUCAUGGCAGGAAAAGAAAGAUGUAACUGAUCAAGAACAAAUUCUCCUACGCAAAGACUUGGAUCAGCUCAAAAAUUGGAUACAAAUGGUGGAUUCCAUGAAUGAUGAGCAGUUAAAAGAUUAUCUGCACAAUAGACCUAAGGAAUUGAAGACUCUCAAAAUCCAACAGAGCAACUCCAGACGUCGACGCCGCGUACAGAAAAUUGAAGAUCCAAGAUAUUGGGCCUCCUAUGGGAUAAUGGCUUCAGUUUGGAAGUUUCACAAACAAGACAAUAAUGAUCAGCUCCUCCCAUAGUUGCCUCAACUUUUUUUUUUUGUGGUUAAGUUAUUAAAUGUCU